AUGCCGCGGAAAGCGCUGCGCUGCGGCCUGCAGCUGGAGCUCCGCUCGAUCACUUGUCCUGGAGUGCUGCUGAAAGACAAACAGGAGCUUUAUCUCAAUGUUUUUGUACUUGGGCAGUACAGCAAAACUGAAUGUGUCCCUGCAGUGUUCCCACUCUUCUUUCAAGAAAGACUAGUAUUUGAAAAGGAAUUUGCUAAUAUAGUUGAUCCUGGAGACCUUGUGAAGUUGCUGGAGUUUGACACAGCAGUACUUGAACUAAUACAGCUCGUUCCUCCAGUGGGAAAAGUUCUAGCUACAUAUGAAGAAAAUACAAGAGAUUUCCUGUUCCCUGACCCUAAGCUUACCCAUGGGCACCGUGGUUUGGAGCGUGAGAUUUUAAUGAAGAGGUCCCCGUCUUUCACAGGAAUUGCACCAAAAUUGAGAUUUUCUACAAUCUCCAUUAUUUCAGACAGUCUGUUAAGCUUAGGAAGGAGUCACAUACAGGCUGAUACAAACUGGGUGCUUCACUCAACCCUAAAUGGAAAAAUGCACUCAAAGCUCCCAAAGAAAAGCCCUCGUCCAGCUGAGAAGGGCAGGCAGAGCUCGGCACUGAAGAGCUACGAGCAGCCCACCAUCGCCUCCAAGUCGCGCUCCCCGUCCCCGUACACCAGGCGCCGCAUGUGUGAGCUCUCGGAGGAGGCCAGGCAGAGACUGGCCCACCUGAACCUGGGACCUCACGAGUUCAGGAGAGACACUGACAAACCUCCCUUUGUCAUCAGACGGGUUGGACAACCAAGUCCUGGUGCUAAACUUCAUCCCUGGUGUUCCCUGCGAGAAAGCACAGCAGAAGCUGGGCCCAAGAUACCCCAUGAUCCUUCUCCUCUUGACAGUUACAGACCCAAGAAAACUGAAGCAAAAUCUCCCAGUGGAAAAGUCUUGGACAGUUCUGCUGUUUGCAUGGAGGAUGUGAGCCCAGAGCCACCCAAGAGAGAGUCCCAUUCUGCUGCUUCUUUGGAGCAUUCAGCACCUCCAGCAGCUCAGGAGCCUUCUCCAAGAAGAACUUCUCCGAGUUCUGUGCUGAAUCGAUCUUCUCUGAGAGAAAGAUUUAGCAUUGGUUGGCCUUCACCAGCAAAUGGAGAUGAGAUCCAUAAAAGAGUGAGAAAUAUUUUAAGGACACACAGUGCUAGACAGCGCCUAAUAUUUGACGAUUUGCCUCAGACAAGAGAACCUUCAGAUAAUGUGCCCUUAACCAUGAGUGAGCUGCGGAGCAGUACUCGAGUGCAGCAGAACACUCCUGUUCAUUUGGAUAAUGGUGAAUGUUGGUCUGGUCCUGCAGCUGUAUACAAAGAGAAGCCUCACAGAGCAAUCUUGGAGGAGACGCUCGCAAAAAUAUAUAGAAACAUGUACCAAAGAACUGCAGGUGCUGUCUCAGAGCACAAAACACAUUCCUGA